UUGCACUUCGUGUGGGUUUGAAAUGACAAACGGUAGAAUGAAUGACGGCUGUUAGCAAGGACAGAUCUCUAAAAAAGUCUAAACCAAACGUCAAUGGCUGGCUUUCUCUCCUCUGUAGCGGCCGAGCCCGAUUUGUCUGGGCUAGUUGUUUCAAACGUUACGUCAGACGCAGUGUCUCUCUCCUGGCGGACGGGAGAGAAGGCGUUUGAUAGUUUUAUAGUCGAGGUGAGAGAGUCUGCUUUGCCCACGCAGGCGACAGGGCGCACCCUGGCCGCGGGCGCGCGCUCCACGGUUCUGACGGGCCUGAAGGGAAACACGCAAUACCACAUUAAGCUCUAUGCCACCUCAGGGGGCUCCAACACAGCUGCCCUGACGACCUUAGUAACCACAGAACUUAAGCCUAAAUUGGGGCCCGUAAUGGUGUCCGAAACGCACCCAAGUAGCUUCACAUUGUCCUGGAGCGUGGCGGCGGGUCACUUUGAUGGCUUUGUCUUUCGUAUCACUGACCAUGAGCAGAUUUAUGACGUAAGAGAGCUCAUGCUGUCUGGAACAGAGAGGAACGUAAUUGUCUCUGGUCUUAUGGACUCAACGGUGUUUGACGUUGUGUUUUACGGUCUGUCUCAUGGUCGCCAAACUCCAUCAGUUUCCUUCAAUACCAGUACAGCACCGUUACCUAAAGUGGAAAACCUCACAGCUUCUGAGAUCACCCCGUAUGGUUUUCGGGUGUCCUGGUCGGCACAGUCCAAUGAGGGCUUCAGUCAUUUUCAGGUAAAAGUGUCAGACUCCGGCCAACUGCUGGAGCCACAAGAGUACAUAGUGCAAGGAAACCAGAGCUUGCUGGAUAUUUUGGGCCUGAUAACUGGCAUUGGCUAUGAGGUCAGUGUGACCGGGGUGUCAGAAACUGGGUUACGGUCUCGUCCAAUCACAACAGUGGCUGUUACAGGUACCAGGUUCUUCAUUUCUACUGGUCCUAUCUUCAGAUGUUUAACAGCCCAGGCUUGGUUUUAAGUCAAAAUGCUUGGGUACAAUAUAGACAAAUCAAGAAAGUGGCCAUAUUUGACCCAACCAUGGGCAGUAACAAAUCAAGUUAAUUUAAACUAUUUUUUCCAUAUUUUUCUGAACCAUGGGGUUAUAAGCAUUCUUCCAAAUAUCUUUCUCUGUGUUAUCAGAGUAAAGAAAUGUAUACAGAUUUGGAACAACUCGAAGGAGAGUAACUGAUGACAACAUUUUCAUUUUGGGGUGAACUGCACUGCCCAUAAAGUGACGUCUUCAUAAUUGCAUACAUUUGAUGAAAGCUUUGGCUGGGAAACCUCAACACAGCACAACUACCUCUUUAACACCGUUCCUUGUAUACCCACCAGGUCUCCAUCAAUAAAGCCUUCUGCUCUUUGCUUGUUAAAGCAAUGAAAUCUUCACUGGUCUCAUGUCCUCAAAAAUAUGAGCAUACACGUGUCUGUUGCCAUAUUUCAACUGUGUUUUCUACCAAAAUUAGCUAACCGAUGUAUCGGUUGUGAGCAAUUCUGAGACCUUCAAAUAUUACAAAGAUGAAAGAUCAUCACAAGGGUUUCUGCUUUAGAAUUAAACCGUUUCUUAUAUGAUCCAGCCCAUAAGAAAACACAGUCUUGUAUGAGGCUCAGUGAAACAGUCCUGCAUGAAGCCUGUGUCUACAGAUAAAGACGCUCUCUUGUGGGUCUUUAUGGGUGCCAAAUGUUAUAAAGGGCAAAUAUAAUGCAAAUAUAUAACAAAUCUGAAGAAAACAAUGUAUAGAAUCUUCAACGACUAAAUGUAAUUAUUUACAAAAAAAUUAUGUUAAUGCCGGUUCA